AUGGCUUUAAUGUGGACACUAGCUACUGGUAUCAUGUUUGUAUUUGUCUAUGAUCUCUCAGACGAGAUGAGAAAAGAAAGAGGGUAUGAACCAGUUUCAGACAGUCUAAGUGAAGAACGGUUUUCCAAAAAAGAGCAACUCCUAGAAGCGUAUAGCAUGGAAAGCUCAGAGGACAAACACGGUGAUAUGACGUCAUCUCCGUUCACAAAUAACGACGUUGUCAAAACCGAGGAAAUAGCAAAAGACGACAAAAGUGUAUUCCCAGACGGCUCAACGAAAUCCUGCAGUGGGUCAUUCCGAGAUGCUCUAAUAGAUAUGUUUGCCAAAUUUCCCGUGAUUAUAGUGGUAUACACGACAAUUUUCCUUUUUAUGCUCCAUACAUCUCUCCAAGCCAUCACCCCCCUGGUUGCUGAGCGCAUGUUACACUGGAGUGAAGACAACGUCACUUUUCUAUUUACAAUCUGGGGUGUAGAAAUUACCAUUUGUUUAAUUAUUUUCUUCAUUCUGUCAGCAAAAAUUUCAGACCGACUCGUCCUUUUGACGUCCGCUAUUUUCGGUACCCUUUCAUCUGUGGGUGUUAUUCUGCUGGCGUCCUCUUCCCCGAUGUCUUAUAGAGCUUAUUAUAGCUUGUUGGUAACAGUUGCCUUGGAUGGGAUGUCAUCAACUGCUGUUAGUGCAGUUAAUCGUUCUUUAGUUUCGAAGCACACCAAUCCAGACAAUCAAGGCAAGGUGCAAGCCAUAAUGACUGUAUUGAACAGGCUGGCUUUACUUACAGGGCCAUUAGUUGGUAGCAGUCUAUUUACACAUCAAAAAAUAUUUGCAGUUAUUCUAUCAGGAUCACAGAUCCUUGGAUUGGUCUUGGUUAUUCUAGUUUUCAAAAAACUUAAAGUUAAUCUCAGUGAAG